UUGAUAUGUGUGAGCUAAUGCAAUAUAUUGAUUUGAUGAAAAUUAUUCCUGAUUGCUCUAAUGGCUUGUCACUGUGACUGGGGACCUAUCAACACAUCAAUAGAUAAGUUUUACCUUUUUUUUUAGUUUUGUUUUUUUUGGCGCCUAUGUAUUGAUGUCCUGUUUCUGAUGACCAAAAAUGAGGAUGCAUUGGUGCAAAGCCCUGAGAUAUGCUGGCAUCACUGACAGAUUCUUGAAACUGAGGCAACCAGCAAAAAAAAACCUGUGUUCAGUGUGGAAAUAAACCGUUUUAUAUUCACAAUAGUGACUUUAUUGUGUUUUAUAGAGAUUCCGACCUUAUGUGUACAUAUUUUUUUCUCUAAAAUUACAUAAUUUAAAAAAAAUACACUUAGUUUUUAUACUAAACAGGUUUGAAUAAGUUGGAAUAACUAAACUAAUUAAAAAAGGCAUGUCAAAUGACAGCUCGAGUCCUAUAAUCAUAAUUAAAAGACCACUGGGACUGCUUUUAAAAUAUAUCAAACGAUGAUCAGAGUGGGACUUUAAGUACUAAACACACACACAUAAAUUAAGUCGCAUCCUCGCAUCUCCAUUCAGAAUAUGACUCUCUCCCCUCCUCUCUCUGUGUGUGGCGCCAUGGAGAAAAGCACUGCAGUUCUUUCGGGCUCUCAGUCAGAGCCAGUCGCCUAUACGCACAUGCUCUCCCCCUCACUCAGCGACUGCUGUACUCUCUUCGCUCAACACAUGCUGCUCCUCGCCUCCUCGCUGCAUCUGUUCUCCUCUCCCUGAAGUGAGAUACCAUGCAUCCUCCUCUCUCCUUCUCCUCUCUGCAUGUCUGUUCCAGGUUCCCCACAUCAAACAGAUCCGUUUCACUGCAAAGCCGGGGACCCCAGCAAGCUCGGUGUCUCCCGUGAGGACUUUGGAGACGGGACAAGAUUCUCUGCUGGGCUGGAGGACAGCUGUGGGAUGCAGACCUUCAAGAGACCUCUGCGUAACACCGUUUGAUCCCUCUUAAAGUUGAACGGGAGCACACAUCAGUACAUCCUGCUUCGUCUGUCUGAUCUCUGGCAACUCACUGUAUACAGUCUGCCUGUCCAGGACAGAUAAUUCCAAGCGGGACGUUGCACAGUGGCCUUUGCCAGCAACAAUGCAGGUGUCCUUUGCCUGCACGGACCAUGGGCUGAAAGCCCCUCGUAACGGCGAGCACAGCAAGCAAAACGCCACCAGCCCCAACACCACCAGUCAUGCCCGGGCUCGCUUCCGCACAGUGGCGCUGAUUGCACGCAGCCUGGGCUCCUUCACCCACCGGUACCACCACAACCUGAAGGAGUCAACCGCCAAGCAGACGGGAAUGAAGUACAGGAACCUGGGGAAAUCUGGGCUGCGUGUCUCCUGUCUGGGGCUCGGAACGUGGGUUACAUUUGGCGGUCAGAUCUCAGACGAGGUUGCAGAGCAGCUGAUGACGAUUGCUUAUGAGAGCGGGGUUAACCUGUUCGACACGGCAGAGGUUUACUCCACAGGGAAAGCUGAAAUAAUCCUGGGAAACAUCAUCAGGAAGAAGUGUUGGAGGAGGUCCAGCCUGGUGAUCACCACAAAGCUCUACUGGGGGGGAAAAGCGGAGACAGAGAGGGGCCUCAACAGAAAACACAUCAUAGAAGGACUAAGAAGUUCUCUUCAGAGGAUGCAGCUGGAGUAUGUGGAUGUGGUUUUCGCCAAUCGAACAGACAGCAACACUCCCAUGGAAGAGAUAGUGAGAGCAAUGACGCAUGUGAUCAAUCAGGGGAUGGCCAUGUACUGGGGAACAUCUCGCUGGUCUGCCAUGGAGAUCAUGGAAGCAUAUUCUGUGGCCCGGCAGUUUAAUCUGAUUCCACCUGUGUGCGAGCAGGCUGAGUAUAAUUUCUUUCAGAGGGAGAAAGUGGAAACUCAGCUUCCUGAGCUCUACCACAAAAUAGGUGUGGGUGUGGUCUCGUGGUCCCCUUUGGCCUGUGGAAUCAUUACUGGAAAGUAUGAGAACGGCAUCCCAGAGUCCUCCAGAGCCGCAAUGAAGCCGUACCAGUGGUUGAGGGAGAAGAUAACGAGUGAAGAUGGGAGGAAGCAGCAGGCAAAGCUAAAAGAAUUGACUCACAUUGCAGAGAAGCUUGGGUGUACUUUGCCCCAGCUUGCCAUAGCUUGGUGUCUGAGGAACGAGGGAGUAAGUUCGGUGCUCCUCGGUUCCUCCAAUCCAGUCCAACUAACAGAAAACUUGGGAGCCAUUCAGGUAAUUCCAAAGAUUACAACAGGUAUUGCCUCUGAAGUGGAUCAUUUACUGGGCAACCGUCCACACAGUAAAAGGGACUUCCACCAUUAGAAAAGGUUCCAAGCGAGCAACUAAAAUCCCUUUCACAGCCAUUGCAGUAUACAGUCGUGUGGAAAAAGGUUAUCCUCUCUCAAUGUAUUUAUUUUUGACUAUUGGAACAUCACUUAUAUUUUGCAUAAAUAUUUUCAACAUUUUUAAAGUAUGAAUCAACAAUCUUAAACUGAAAUGUGGAAUUAGUGUAAAAUAAGAUAAAUUUUCCUCUUCUUGCUUUGUAAUUAAUUAGGUAAAUAGCAUCUAUAUGGUGUUAAUUGUAUUCAAAGGAAUUUAAUCAUCAGCAUCUGGUAGUCAUAAGUUUGUUGGACUAAAAUGGUAAAGUUUGCUGAUCAUAUGCCAGAAAAAGAGUAAUAUAGCUCUUUGAAAGGCAGUUUCUGACUUCGUUUGAGUCUGUUUAACCACAAUGAAAGUGAUAAAUCAUACAAAAGACUCAAAAAAAUUCUAAUAAUAGAUCAGCUUGUAAAUGUCAAACAUAAUGACACCACAUUAAGCAUUCAAAUCUUAAAUAAUAUGGUAAUGUCUUAAAAUAAAGUCUAACACGUGAGGUUCAAUUGGAGGAAUUAUCAGUAAAAUAUGUUCAAUUAUGUAGUUUUAAAUCAAAUGUUGCAAAAGUUUAUCAAAGCGGCAUCUGAAUUCCGUAAAAGAAAAGAAAAAAAACUUAAAUAAAUGCCUUGCAAAACCAAACAAGCCUGUCAGAAAAGGUAAAUUAUACAAACUUAGAAACACGGUGGUGGGAGAUGGAUCAUUUGGGCUUGUUUUGCAGUCAAAGCUUUUGGUCUAACUCUGAACUGCUUUGAAUGACAAAACAGUGUCACAUCUGAAAUCAGCUGGCUCCACAAUCAUAGCUCACCUGGAAGCUGAGAACUGCAUCAUUUACCUCAACACCUGCAAGAGAAGGAAUAAAACUGCAAAUAUUCUAGUUAGAAAGCAUGGAGGAAUUUCUGAUAUAAAACAAAGUGUUUUAACUCCAGCUGAAUAAUGAAGUUACAUUAAAUUUUGUUAGUUAUAAAAUAUGUCCUAUAUUGCCCUGUUUUUGCAUCAUUUGGUAAGUUCCAGCAGUUUUAAAAUAAUAAAAGUCUCAUAAUUCACAGAGGAUGCUCCUUUUUUCACAUGAGUGUAUUGCUUGCACAGAGUUGCUUGGGUUUUUAUGGCUACAUAUGUACGUAAAUGCAUAAUAUGCUCAGCUUGGCUCUCAUGGCUCAUUAAUGCAAAAAGAGCAACCUGACAAGAAAGCAUGCAAGCCAACAGCUAAAGCAGCCAGCCACUCGAGUUAAUCUUCAAAGUUGUUUCCUUGAAGUAAAACUUCUUCCACUCCAAUAACUUUGUGCAAGAAGGUGCUGAAUCAUAAACAACCAAUUAUUGUGUAAUUAAGACAUUUCCCAUAAUCCAAUUGCUUCAAUGAAAACUGUGCACGUAAAGGAAACUUUGUGAGGAAUUUGUCAUCCUGAAGCACCUCAUUAAGUUUAUGGCAGGAUGUGACCACAGUAAAACUGUUAUGUGACCGAGUUAUCAUAUCAUAACAGAAAUCUCUGUCAUUUUAUUUUUUAAACUGUGUGCAAAAAAAAAAUAAUAAUAAAAAGAGAUGUUUAUAUUUUGAGCCAGAUGCAUUAAAGAUAUAGUGUCAGCCUGAAUGAUUAUUUCAGUCCUGAAGUAAAAUACUGUUCACAAUGAUGUUGCUCAUUGCAGCUUUAACAUAAAAAUGACAUUUUAAAACAUUUAAACUGACUGUUUUAUGAUUCCGCCUGUUUUCUGAAGUAUGCAUUUAUUUUAUUAUUACUUUUAAUUUUCACUUAUGCAAAAACUAACUGUAAUUUCAUGGUGUGCACCUUCAACUCUUUUCUGUCGAACUGUUCCAGAUUUUCAGUCGGUAAAGAUAAUAUCUGGUUGGUUUCAUUUCAGUCAUUGUUGUGGAUAGAACAUUUGUCUUAUUGAAUUUAGGGUGGUGAUUUUCCCCAAGGGAGAGCUUGUCCAUACAAACAUUGCCAUGUGGAUGAUAAAGAAACUCUUUGGAAAGAAAAAAGAAGAACCUUAUGGACCCUCGUAUGAAAAGAACCUGGAACAAGCAGAUGGAGUGUUUAUGUAACAUUAUCUCCGAUGUGUUCUUUUUGUUUUUUUAAAAGAAAUAAUGUAUUGCUCAUUAAAUUUGUACAGGAAGAUGAAAAAAAUAGUUUAAUGUAUGUUUUACAUAUAUAUUUAUUUUUUGUUAAUGUCAUGGUUGCCUUGUUUUUUCUAAUGGAGUAAAAAAAAUAAAUAAAUAAAAUCAAUAUGGACUAAA